AUGACCAAAUCACAGAUCACCAUUCCCAUUACUCAGGCCCCUCCAUACAAAGUUCAUGAGGGCAAGACGGCCGUCAUUACGGGUGGUGCAAGGAGUAUUGGUGCCGCCAUUGCUCAGAACCUCGCCUCCAAAGGCGCCAAUGUCGUGCUCAUUUAUCUGACCGAGUCUUCUGACGAGCCUGCCAAGGCUCUCGCUGAGCAACUGGCAAAGGCACACAACGUCAAGGCCAUUCCCGUCCGUGCCGACUUCAGUACACCCGAUGGCUGCUCCAAGAUUGUCGAUGUUGUAAAGAAUGACAUGCCGCCCAGCGCCAAGACAGGCAAGCCGCAGGUCGACAUACUGGUCAACUGCGCCGCUCUCUUCCACGCCAUGCCUCUCGAAGCCGUCAACGUUGAGGACUUCCACAAGGUCUACUCUAUCAACGUCCUUGGACCCAUCCUGCUCACGCAGGCAAUCAAGCCCCUUCUGCCCACCGACCGCUCGGGCCGCAUCGUCAAUGUGUCAAGCGUCGGUUCCAAGGUUGGACUCGAGUACCUGACCCUGUACGGCGGCAGCAAGGGCGCCCUUGAGGCCAUGACGCGCACAUGGGCGCGCGAGCUCAAGGAGCACUGCACCGUCAACUCUUGCAACCCCAGCUCCACCAUGACGGACAUGCUCCGAGGUGCCUCUGAGGAUGCGAAGCAAGCCAUUUCAUCGUGGUACCCUCUUACACCGCUGUGUGGAAUCCGAGAAUGGGACUCGGAUGAACAGAAGGAAAUGGCUGAGAAAUACGGCGGACGUGCUGGCUACGCUGAGGAGAUUGCUGGCAUUGUUGGCAUGAUUUGCUCCCCGGAGAGCGGAUGGAUGACGGGAUGCCUGGUCAGUGCCAACGGCGGCCAGUGGAUGGCUAGUUAA